AUGGACGGCAAGGCGGCGCCCAACGGCGUGGCCACCAUCGAGGACCGCAUCCUGCGCAUCACCGGCUACUACGGCUACUACCCGGACUACUCCAGCCGCAGAAGUGCCUCCCGAUCCUCUGUCGUCCGAUGCAAGCCAGGAACCACCUGGCCCCGCAGGCAGCAAUCGCCCUUGCCCGCCGCGGAAGUUUCUGCUGCUCCCAUUCUAGAGCUGCAGAGUCAAAGUCCAGCUGGAUUUUGCCGGCACGGCAGAGGAGAGAGGCAGAACAGAUCAGGAGAAGAAGGAACACAAGCCCAUGCCGAAAGCACCAGCCAAGAGAGCCGGGCCCAGACCCGCUGCGAGUCCUGCCUGUCCGUGUUCCUCAAGAUCGUCUGGGGAUUUCUGAUUAUUUUGUCCGUCUCGUCCUCUUGUGUCGGAACAACGCAGAUUGUCAAAAUCACCUACAAGAACUUCGAUUACCCGUUUUUCAUGACUUGGUUCUCCACAAACUGGAAUAUUAUGUUUUUCCCUGUUUAUUAUUCCGGGCAUCUUGCAACGGCACAGGAAAAGCAAUCUCCAAUCAAAAAAUUCAGGGAAUGCAGCCGGAUCUUUGGCGAAGAUGGCCUGACGCUGAAACUCUUUCUUAAAAGGACAGCUCCCUUUUCUAUUCUCUGGACUUUGACUAAUUACCUUUAUUUGCUGGCUUUGAAGAAGCUGACGGCCACCGACGUCUCAGCCCUGUUCUGUUGCAACAAGGCCUUUGUCUUCCUGCUCUCAUGGAUCGUUCUGAAAGACAGGUUCAUGGGCAUUCGGAUAGUUGCCGCAAUCAUGGCUAUCACUGGAAUCGUUAUGAUGGCGUAUGCAGACGGUUUCCAUGGCGAUUCGAUUAUCGGUGUCGCAUAUGCAGUGGGAUCAGCAUCAACCUCUGCACUGUAUAAGGUUCUGUUCAAGAUGUUCCUCGGAAGUGCCAACUUUGGGGAGGCUGCGCACUUCAUCUCGACCCUCGGCUUCUUCAACCUGAUCUUCCUCUCCUUCACACCCAUCAUCCUCUAUUUUACCAAAGUGGAGUACUGGUCCCCCUUUUCAGCCGUGCCGUGGGGCUACCUGUGUGGCAUCGCAGGGCUCUGGCUAGCGUUUAACAUUCUGGUGAACGUCGGCGUCGUGCUGACAUACCCGAUCCUCAUAUCCAUUGGGACCGUGCUGAGCGUCCCGGGCAAUGCAGCUGUUGAUCUUCUCAAACGCGAGGUGAUCUUCAGCGUCGUCCGGUUGGGGGCCACCAUGAUCAUCUGCCUGGGGUUUUUGCUGAUGCUGCUUCCCGAGGAGUGGGAUGAAAUCACGCUGCGGUUCAUCAACAGCCUGAAGGAAAAGAAGAGCGAAGACCACGCCGAGGACCUCACGGACUCCAGCAUCCACUUCAGGAGCAGAAGCAGAGCGAACGGGGCGGUGUCUCUCCCGUUGGCUUAGACCCGGCGACUUCUUACUUGCACGACCAUGUAUAUUCUGUGAAUAUGAUUUAAUAAAUUUUUCUCACCUACCUGUAUGCUAAAAAUGACCGUUUAAUUUAAGACGAUGGAUGGAUUGUCCAUUUAAUGC